AUGGCUCCUCUAUCAGGAGACGGAGUAUUAUGGCUUUGUCUGGGAAUUUCCCUCUUCUUCGCCGUACGCGGCAUCGCAACAGACAUCCGCCAAGUGGUUGAUCUUACUGAGAUCAAGCGCGAUGAACGAGAAGACAAGAUUAUCAGCGAAGGAACAGAAGAAGCUCUCAAGCUAGACACGCUCCUUAAGCUUUCCGAAAGCACCAGCCAUGAUUUACGAGCCGCAGCUUUACGAAUCAUAUCGGAAAGAUCUACCAAGGGUGAAACUCGGGAUAUUCUUCUGGCGGAUCUUUCCAGCAAGAAUAAAACACGGCGUGGGAAAGCGAUAAAUGCUCUCCACUUCCUCGUGUCGAACCGAGCUCUCUCUCGAACAUCCGUUUGCACUCGCCUCCGAGAUCUUCCUACAUACACAGCGCUGGUCAACUGCCUCUGCAACUUCCUAGAUGAGCAUGUCGAGAUCACAUCGAACACACUCUCACCAAUCCUUCCGCGUACUCGGCCACUGGGCGAAAAAAAGGCGAUCCAGAUCCUAAACUCCCUUUUGCCGGAAAAUAUACCAUGUGCCCUCGAGGCGGGCGUGGUCAGCCAGUGGCUCACCCGAUAUCCGUUUCCAUGCGUCACCAACGCGGACCCCUCUCGACGUCGAGAUCUAUUCAUGCUGAUGAAGACAUGGUGGGCUGAUGAUGCAGUCAUGAGUUCUAUCUUUAGCACUUUAACAUCACAUCCCGACGGGAUCAGGCAACUCAGAAAGCAUGGCUUGAUGGGUAGUAUGAUCGAAGAAGAAAAUGACCAGGACGACGACGAUGGAGACAGUGAUGUGUGGAUGGUUGAUGGGGAAGACACUGCCGGGACAUCUGGGACCUUUGGGUCAUUUCGAUCGGCCCCUCGGCCCCAGGAGAGCAGUUUAGAGGAGCAAGCACUUCGCCGCCGCCGCCGGGAAGCUAUGGUUCUAAGUGAAGGAGGUCGACCGCUUGGAAGAGAUGAUAUCAUCCAGAGGCCGAUCCAAGAAGGGUGA